CAACCACCUCCACAAGGGGUGAUGCGAAUAUAGAAACGAGACAAGCCUCGAGGCACAGACGGCUGAAUAAGUCAGCACCAGACAGAGAGACCUCAGCACCCAAGAAGAUAGGGAGAGUGACUGGACUUCUCCACCAUCCCAAGCUGUUCCUCCUCCACUUCCUGAUGUCCGACGAGACCAUGAGUGCUUCCAAUGUAACCCUGAAUGCAACCUCUCAAGUAACGGCACUGGCCCCGCUGCCAGGUGCGAAGGUCGGCCUAACAGUGCUCUCACUCGCCUUCAUUCUGGGCUUCCCCGGCAAUGCCUUUGUGGUGUGGAGCGCAAGCUGCCGUGUCCGCAAGCGGACAGUCACUUGCCUCCUCAUCCUCCACCUGGCCAUAGCAGACUUGGCAGUGCUGCUCACGGCACCUCUAUUCCUGCGGUUUCUAAGUGCCGGGCGUUGGGAACUGGGUGACGCCGUCUGUCGAGCCAGCCAUUAUAUCUGCGGGGUUAGCAUGUACUCCAGUGUCUUCCUUAUCGCCCUCAUGAGCUUGGACCGCUGCUUGGCUGUCUCCAGGCCCUUCGUCUCACAGAAGAUCCGCACCAAAUAUAUCAUACGGCUUCUGGUUUUGGCUAUCUGGGUGGUUGCCAUUUUCUUAGCCAUCCCGGUACUUGUCUACCGAAAGGUGAUUUUGCACGGGAGGCUUUUCUGUACCCUCUAUCAUCCCACACCCAACCAUUUGGUCUUCCACAACCUCUUCGAAACCAUCACUGGAUUCCUGCUGCCUUUUGUUGCCGUGCUCUACAGCUAUGGGACCAUUGGCCUACGGCUAAAGGAGACCCGUUUCCGCCGGAAGCGCCGUACGAACCAUCUCAUUGGCCUCAUCGUGGUUGCCUUUGCUCUUUUUUGGGUCCCUUACCACGUGGUGAACCUUUUGGAUGUGGCUGCCAAGUGGAGUGGCUCUGAAAAUGUCAAAAAGGCUGGGCAGAUGGCUAGGCCUACAACAGUUGCUUUCGCCUUUUUCAGCAGCAGUGUCAACCCUAUCCUGUACACCUUCAGUGGUAGCUCCUUCAUCCGGUCAGCCGGCUUUGGCUUCAUGGCCAAACUCUUUGAAGGAACAGCCUCAGAAAUGUCCACCAUCAAGCGUGGUACCAGCCGAGACCAGCAACUUCAAGGAUCAGCCAAGUUGCCACCCUUAAAUAAUGAGAGUCCUGAGUUUUUGACCACAUCAACUACCCCAAUGGAUAAUGGAACACCUCAAGAACUUGAAGAUGUUUCUAAGCCUCUCAAGUCACCUUGAAAGCAUACUGUAGAGUGAUGUGGAUUCUGUUCACUUUUGAAUGGAUUGUCAGCCCCAUAUGGUUGUCAGCACACAUUUUCAUAUGGUGUGCUAGAAAUGGCCUCUCUCUACAUCUGUCUUUCACUUGUCCCUUGCUGAGAUAGGCAGAUCCUGUUUAUCUGUAUUCUGCAACAUAAAUCAAAGGUUUGGUUUGGAAUGUGGGGACCCUAGCUGUCACAUUCUUUGGUUGCCCUCACAGAAACCACUCACCCUAAGACCUAGGAAGCCAGCUUUCUGGAAACGUCGCAAGCCCAACAACUGAGAACUAUGAAGCUCUUGCUGAAAAUGCAUUACAGAAAUUACAAAUGACUUUUUGAUUAUUCAUUACCAACACAUAGGCAUCAUAACUGGCCACUGGGCAUUGUUUGGUUGAAACACAGGGUCUGUAGGUAUCAGAUGAGAGGGCACUGAGCAUGUAGAGAGUCUCAUUUCCUCAUUACCCAACCGAAACAUAUAGGUUCCCUGCAAGAGUUCUCUGUUGCUUACCAGGAUGGAGCAGGAGGCAACUGGGAGGUUUACAAUGUCCUGACCUCCCCACUGCCUCUCCCUUUUCCUUCCAGUAAGCAACAGCAACCAACCUGCCUGGAAGCUAGCAUAGUUUUGCCCCGGUGAACCAGUUCUGCUUCCUGCAUUUACAGGCAAACCUAGCCAAGGAUAUCAGAAGGUUUUCAGGAAGUGCAGGCAUCUGGGAAGGCAGUAGAAGGCAGAUCACCAAAGAGAGGAUUUGCAGACUGCAAGGGAGGGCACUCACAAACAUCCCUCGGCCACCUUGAAAAUAGGGAUCGACAGAACAAUCCAUUUCUGGCCUAUGCCAAUUUUGCAUGUGUCAAUUCAGAAGUCCAUGCCAUCCUGUUUCCAUCUGAAUCUACUCUUUUUUUUAGAAAAAAAUAACUGUACAAAAAUUCAUAUUCAAAUACACACUUCAAUAGUAUUUUAUCACAAAAUUGAAAUGCAUAUUUUAUC